AUGUCUUCGUCCUCGAUAUACAUAGCUGACCCCCCAGCGGGUGUGCGACGGUUCGAGGGCGACACUCUUCAGCCUAAUAUGGCAGCGUGUGGCAUCACCACAGCCUUAAUCGCCCUGGCCGUGGUCGGGCUCCGUUUGUAUACACGAUUCUUUCUCACGGCAGCCCGGUUUCAGGUGGAUGAUGUCUUCGUCUGCUGCGCUGCUCUAUGCUCGAUCAUGCUGAUACCUAUCUCGUUCAAGAUCAUGGAAGCCGGCGUAGGUCUCCAUAUGUGGAACGUGACGAUGGCCCAGUAUAACCCAGCGCUCGGAAUCUGGACCCUCAUCACAACCAUCUUCUACGCCUGGGCCGUCAUAUUCUCCAAACUCUCCAUCCUCGCCUUCUACCUCCGCCUCUCCCCCCAGCACUGGUUCCGAAUACUCACCUUCACCCUCAUGGGCAUUGCCACAGCCUACGUUCUCCUAUACACCUUCCUCUUCAUAUUCCGCUGCAACCCGAUCGCCAUGAACUGGGACGUGACGAUCACAAAGGGCACGUGCAUCGACACGAGCACCGUCAUGACAGUCCUCAGCGUCGCCAACAUCGUCAUGGACGUAUUGACGCUCCUCCUCCCAAUCCCGGUGAUCAUGCGGCUAAACAUGCGCCUCGCACAACGCGUCUCCGUCAUCCUGAUCUUCUCAUCAGGUAUAUUUGUCUGCGCCAUCGCCAUUCAACGCACCGUGCAGAUGCUUUCAGCGCUCACAUCCGCAGACUACACGUGGGACAUCACGGAACAGUUCUACUGGUCGUAUAUUGAAGUCAAUGCGGGGAUACUCUGUGCGUCGGUUCCGGCGUUGAAGCCGUUCGCAAAGCGCCAUCUAGCGCCCAUUUUCGGGUCUUCGCAACGGUAUCAUGAAGGAAAUGGGGCAUCGGGGGGACCUCAGCCUGCGGGUCAGAGUCAGGAGGCGAUUGUGUUGGGGGUUACGCCGAAGAGGUCGAGUUAUACAAGGUUUUAG